GCAUGCUAUCUUAGGUUGUUUGGAUAGUUCCUUAGGAUACUGAAACUGUCUUAGAUAAUGGAGAUGAUGUUCACUCAAACAUUUCUCCCGAUAGAUAUACAAUUGUAAUUACACCAGAACUGUACUUACAAUUAAGAACAACAUCAACUGUAACAUUAGUAGUAAGAAACAGUUCAGAUAGUGUGAAGAAGUUCAUCUAUUGGCCUGCUAUUUCAGAUACUGUGUGUGUUCCUGAAACUUCAUGGAGACUUCCAUAUCUCCACCAGGCACAUCAAAGCAGUCAGCUGUCCGCAAACCUUCUCCCGGAAGCUCUCUUAAGGAUCUGUGCCUUGUUUCCAAACAAGGGUCAAUAGCUGAAGUAGAAUCUGCUUUGGCCUUGUUGAAAAGUGGUGGGAACAUUGAUGGUAGAAAUGCAUUUGGUCUUAGUGCCCUCCACCUUGCAACAUGGAGAAAUCAUCUACCCAUUGUGAGGCGACUCCUAGAUGCUGGCGCUGAUCCAGAUGCAAGGGAUGGAGAAUCUGGCUGGAGUAGCCUGCAUAGAGCACUUCAUUUUGGUCACCUAUGUAUUGCUAGUGUUCUUUUACAGUUUGGUGCUUCCCUCGCUUUGGAGGACACUAAGGGCCGUACACCUGUUGACCUUAUCUCCUGUCCAGUAUCACAGGCCAAUGGAGAUUUUCCAGAUGCAGUUGCAACGGAAGUCUUCAGUUGGGGAAGUGGGACAAAUUAUCAGCUGGGAACUGGCAACGUCCACAUACAAAAACUACCAUGCAAAGUAGAAGCUUUGCAUGGAUCAUAUAUCAAAACAGUUGCUGCAUCAAAGUUUCACAGUGUAGCAGUUAGUUCUAAUGGUGAACUAUACACAUGGGGAUUUGGUCGAGGUGGUCGUCUUGGUCAUCCAGAUAUUCAUAGUGGACAGACAACUGCUGUGAUUACCCCUCGCCAGGUGACAGUAGGAUUAGGCCGUAAACGAGUUAGUGUUGUGGCUGCAGCCAAACAUCAUACUGUGAUUGCUACAGAGCUGGGGAAUUGUUUACCUGGGGAUCAAAUAGAGUUGCUGAUACUGGCGAAGUAUUAA